AUGCAGGUGGCGUACAUCCUGGUCGUUUGACAACAUUCGCCGUUUUCUCUUACAGAAAACAAACAUGUAAUAUUUAGCCUCACUGCCAGGAUUGUGUCCGUUUAAGAUUGAUUCGUUACCGUUGAAGAAAGUAUAUUGGUGACACUGAUGUCAACAGAAGAAAAAAGAAAGGGCUAAUUUGCUAAUGGACGUAUUAUUGAGCGUUUUCCUUGUGCCAUCGUUUUGCUAUUUAGCUUCAUCGGUGGAAAUGAGUGUGGACAUGUAGCUAAUGUGGAGUUUUCUGUGACAUAUCUUCGUAACAGUGUGUUGUGUGUGCUCUGAGAGGGAACCGCAGGCCUUUCUUGUGUGUCUGUUCUCUACUUUGAAACAUUAGCAGGGUGUUUUUUGAGUUAGUUUGCUAACAAUUCAGAGAGAUAAGAGUAACGUUACAAUGAGUUUCUUUAGUUUUGGACAAAGUGCAGAAAUUGAUGUGGUCCUGAAUGAUGCUGAAACGAGGAAGAAGGCUGAACACAAGACUGAAGAUGGAAAGAAAGACAAAUACUUUCUUUUCUAUGAUGGCGAAACAGUCAGUGGAAAGGUGAAUGUCACGCUGAAGAACCCCGGGAAGAGGCUGGAGCACCAAGGGAUCAAAAUUGAAUUUGUUGGACAAAUAGAGCUGUAUUACGACAGAGGAAACCAUCAUGAGUUUGUUUCCCUGGUGAAAGAUCUUGCGAGACCUGGUGAAAUAACUCAGUCACAGACCUUCGACUUUGAGUUCACUCAUGUUGAGAAACCUUAUGAGUCCUACACAGGCCAGAAUGUGAAGCUAAGAUAUUUUCUUCGUGCUACAGUGAUCAGAAGACUCAAUGACAUCAGUAAAGAGAUGGACAUUGUGGUCCACACAUUGAGCACUUACCCUGAACUCAACUCCUCCAUUAAAAUGGAAGUUGGAAUUGAGGAUUGUCUCCACAUCGAGUUUGAGUAUAACAAAUCCAAGUACCAUCUGAAAGAUGUAAUUGUGGGAAAAAUCUAUUUCCUGCUGGUGAGAAUUAAGAUUAAGCACAUGGAGAUUGACAUAAUCAAACGUGAGACAACAGGCACCGGCCCAAGUGUAUACCAUGAAAAUGACACUAUUGCUAAGUACGAGAUCAUGGACGGCGCUCCAGUCAGGGGGGAAUCCAUUCCCAUCCGGUUAUUUCUGGCUGGCUAUGAUCUGACUCCCACCAUGCGAGACAUCAACAAAAAGUUUUCUGUGCGCUACUACCUGAACCUGGUGCUGAUCGAUGAGGAGGAGAGACGCUACUUCAAACAGCAGGAAAUCACACUGUGGAGGAAAGGCGACGUGGUGAGGAAGAGCAUGUCUCACCAGGCUGUCAUUGCCUCUCAGAGGUUUGAGGGCUCGGCUGCCUCAGAGAGCGCACUGGAACAAGCUGCAAAGGAGGAGAGCGGGUAGAGCUGCUGCCCUCCAGUCUCCUCACACAAGACUCAUCAGUGUCUGCGUUGGAGUGGUGGAGGCACCUGUCAACUGUACAUCUGGUCAAGCAGCUGUUUUAUUUGCUUGUAAAGGGAGGAAGAACACAGACCAACAUACAGUAAUGCAGUAUGUGACCAAUGAAAACAGUUUGCAUGAGGCAUUCAAAGUGGCUUCAGGCUGCUGGUCUUGACCUUCCUCAUUAACACAUUUUUUUUUCUUUAUGGGAAUCAAACUAAUCACCUGUCACAAUAUACACUAUGUAAAAUCUCUCAUGUGAAAUUCUUGGAUUUUUUCAAGCAUUUUGUUUGUUGCAUUCUCACGCUUUUUGGGGAUAAAUUGAUUUCUAAUCUCUUAAUUAAUGCAACUGAAUUGUCAUGAAUUUUCAACAAAAUGUAUCUCCUACAUUCCACGUUUAAUGAACGCAUUCCUAACAUUGUUAGAAGGUCAAGAAAUCCGAGAUAACUUUGCACUGCUAUAUCUUGCUGAACACAUUAUUCUCUGUGUUUGUGUGCUUGCACAAAAAAAUGGUGGAAGUGGAAACUGGAAUCUUUUUUUUCCUCCUUUUUGACCUCUUUAAGUAUUAUCCCUCACAUUUUUUUUUUUUAUCUGUAAAUAAGACCAGCUAAAUCCUAUUAUUCUGUUCCCUGGUCCAGCUUGUGUACAUUAAUUAUACAGUACACAGUGCCACAAAAUGACCUUUCAUGUUCAUAUGCUUUACCUCAGCAUUCCAGUGGUGUUAGGAAAGAGUGUCAAAGUGUUUGUAUUACGGUCUGACAGUAUGAAGUCUUCUGUAUCCUCUUUCUUAGAGACUUGACAGUUGUGCCUAAGUGUAUCAAGCAAAUGAAAUCCUCCUGCCUCUAACAUAAUUUUAGUCUUUUAACCAGAGAAAAGUUACAGUAGAACUAUCUAUCUUUUGCAAAAUGUUAAUCAAUUACUCCUUGUCCCCAAAAGUCAAAUAAAUUGAUGCCAAAUGUAAAAA